GUGAGCCCGCUGCGGCUCGGACGAGGGUAGGUAGUGAGCGUGCGGUGGCGCGGUCGCUGCCGGUGCAGGCGGUGCGUGGCGCGCGCGUGGCGCGGGCGGGGCGCGCGCGGCGCCGGCCCGGGCGGCAGUCGCUCGGAGGCACGCGGGCGGGUCGCGUCGCCCUGCGCUCUCUCGCUGCACCGCUGCAUCGCUGCGCUCGCGAACUCGCGACAAGGUACGCGACGCGACAUCACACCGCACGCUGCACAUGUUACACUUCACACUUGUGCAUUUUUCAUUCAUCUCUUAGUAGUUUUUAAUUUAUUAUCGUACGCAUCCUAAUCCACGAAAGAACCUUCUCGGGCGCGCGCCUAUUACCGCAAAUUGUAUUCAAAAUUCGGUUAGAUUUUGAAAAUCACGUUUGAAACAAAUAAAAUGAAAUUGCUCGGGUGCGACCGUAUCUGGACUUUAUAAUAGGUGAGACGAUCAGUAGUGUAUCAGUGCUUAGUUUCAGUCAUUCAAAGUGCCUCAGUUCAUCAGUCCGUACAUUCACGAACCAAUAGACGGUGUAGUGUAGUGAACUCAUUUGUGUAGAAUUUUCUUGUGAACUGAACUUUAACUGAAGGAAGAAGAUAGUGUUUUUGACUUCCAAGCGCUUCUGUGUUCACCGAUUAUGAUAUAAAGUGAUGGGGCGGAUUCCGCGCACGCGGCGCAGCGGAGCGGCAGGCGGCGCGCGCGCAGGCGGGCCGGAGCGCGCGGCGGGCGCGGCGGCGUAGCGCGGCGCGGUGGCGGGUGCGCGCGCGUCGGCGCCGGCGCAUGCACGCCACCGGCCACACGGACCGCUCGGGCGGCGGCGGCGGCGGCGGCUCCUGGCGCCUCCCGCCCGACGAGACCCUGCAAGUCGCCGACCCCAAGUCCGCCAAGGAAGAGGACUUAUACCAAGGAGAUGGCCACAACUGGCGGAGCAUCAUAUUUUCUUUGAUGGUCAUCAGUUUUGUCAUAGCUGGUAUAGUCACAGCUAUUUAUCUAUUGGGGUAUGUGGACGAGUUACUGUACUGGUCGGGUCGUCGCAUGCGCCUGGACGAGUUCCUGCACGGGGACCUGACGGGCGAGCGGCUGCCGACCACGUGGGUGAGCUCGCACCAGCUCGUGUACCAGGCCGACGACGGCGGCUUGCUGGCGCUCGAUACCUUCAACAACACGCUCUCUGUUCUCGUCACCAAUCACACAUUAAGGCAGCUAAAUGUGCGAGGCUACCAGUGCUCUCCGAACUUGCGCUACGUGCUCUUUCAACACAAUAUCAAAGAGGUUUACCGACGGACGUUUACUGCGCACUACACCGUUUAUGACGUCACAAAUGACCACCACAUCCCGUUGUUCGGCGAGGGUCAGCGCAGCUGGGAGUGGCAGCACGCGGCGUGGCUGGGCGGUGACGGCUCGCUGCUGUUGGCGGCCGACAACGAGGUGCUGGCCAGGCCCGGCCCGCCCGCCCGCCGAGCGCCUCUGCUGCGGCUCACCACCGACGCCUCGCCUGGAGGAGUCUACAAUGGCGUGUCCGAUUUUCUCUAUCAAGAGGAGGUGACGAAAACGCCAUCGGCGACAUGGGGCUCCGCGGACGGGACACUGGUGCUGUACGUGCAGUACGACGACCGCGCGGUCUCCGAGCUGCGCAUGCCUCGCAUCGCCGACAGCAUCGGCGGCGCGGGCGCGGCGCGGGCCGGCUUUCUGCAGCUGCCCACCAACAACGCCUCGGCGCACAUUGUCUUCCCCGACCAAGUCACUGUCAGAUAUCCCACGCCUGGCAGUUCGAUACCAAAGGUAAAGUUAUGGAUAGUAAGUGUUCAAAACGCGACCUCACCGCCGAGAUGGGAAGUGAGGCCUCCAAGUACGUUAGAUGGAAUGGAAUAUUAUCUCAUAUCAGCCCAGUGGGUGGGCAAAGACAAUUCUCAUGUAGGUGUAGUGUGGAUGAAUCGAGCGCAAAACCUUACAGUUUAUAGCAGUUGUUAUGCUCCAAAUUGGACUUGCACGGAGACUCAUUCAGAAAAAGCGACAGAAGAGCCAUGGUUAGAGGUGCACCAACAGCCGGUGUACUCAGAGGACGGGAGUGCGUUCCUCCUUCUAGCCGCGGUGCAGGAGGGGGGAGGCCAGUACUACACGCACAUCAAACACGUGGACGUGCUGCGCCAGCGCAUGGCGGUGCUCUCGCACGGGAAGGUCGAAGUCGCCGAGAUCCUGGCAUGGGACCAGGAGAACCAUUUAGUUUAUUAUUUAGGCAGUGCAGACAGGCCUGGUCAGAGACAGGUGUACGUAGUUAGAGACCCGAGCUACGGCGGCGGCAGUAACUCGGUGAAGGCGCGGGCGGAGCGCGAGGAGCCGCGGUGCCUGACGUGCGAGCUGGCGGUGUGGCCGGCGCGGCUGCACUACGCCAACUGUUCCUUCUGGCGCGCCACCUUCUCGCCGGCGCGGCCGAGGCUGGGUAUCACGCACUACGUGCUCGAGUGCGGGGGACCCGGCCCGCCGCUUGCUGGACUGCACGACGCUAGGACUCAUAAGCUAGAGAGAAUAUUAUAUGACACGAGGCCUUAUAGAUCAGUACGACUACGUGAAUUAGCGCUGCCGACGCGGCGGUCCUUCGAGGUGGCGCUGGGCAGCGGCUCCAAGGCGCGAGUGCAGCUCCUACUGCCGCCGUCCUGGAGGGAGGAGCUAAGAGACGCUGCCUUCCCUGUGCUCGUUCAUGUCGACGGCAGGCCGGGCAGCCAGCAAGUGACUGAGGAGUUCCUUGUAGACUGGGGCUCGUACAUGUCGUCCCGCAACGACGUGGUGUACGUCAAGUUGGACGUGGCGGGCGCCAGGGGACUGCCCAGAGCGCUGCUGCGCGGCCGCCUGGGAGGGGUGGAAGUCGCUGACCAGUUGGCUGUUAUUAGAUAUUUAUUAGAAACGUUCAAAUUCCUGGACGUGACGCGCGUGGCAGUGUGGGGCUGGGGCUACGGUGGGUACGUGACCGCCAUGCUGCUGGGCUCUCAGCAGUCGACCCUCAAGUGUGGCAUUGCUGUCUCGCCCAUCACUGACUGGCUGUACUAUAACGCAGCGUUCACGGAGCGCAUCCUGGGCCAGCCGUCAGUGAACUACAAGGGCUACGUGGAGGCGGACGCGUCGCAGCGCGCGCACCACGUGCCGGCGCACGCGCUGUACCUGGUGCACGGGCUCGCCGACCUGUCCGCGCCCUACCCGCACGCGCUGCAGCUCGCCAGGGCGCUCACUGAUGCCGGCGUGCUGUUUAGAUAUCAGGCGUACGCCGACGAAGGUCACGACCUAAAAGGGGUGAUCGAGCACGUGUACCGUUCCAUGGAGGACUACCUCCGCGAGUGCCUCUCCCUCGACCCCGAGGACACCAAGCUGCCGCCGCCCGACAGAUAGGCCUCACUCUCCUAUUGUUAUCGUAAUUAUGUAAAUAUGUACAUGAGACAUAGUGCUUUAAUCAAAUGUGUUCCCCACGGUCGGCGGCGGACACCGCGCCGCCACUCCGUGCGAAACCUCUUGUGAUUAGUAUUAAGUACUUAUGAAAUUUGUUAUGAUGAAUAAAGUUGCAUGAAUUGGAUUACUAAAACACUAGUAUUAGUGAAAUAAUUAGGUUGAUUUUAUAAUAGAUAGAUACCAGACGACGGGCUACGAAAGUAAGAUAACUUCUUCGAAUUCAAUAUUUCCUCAUCGAAUCCAUGAUUCAGCUUCAGCACCAUUCGGCUAAACUAUCGUACUGUGUCUUUUGCUAGCUCCUAAGAGCCUAGAUAGGGAAUAAAUUGUAGACAUGGAUGAAUCUCGAUAGAUAUCAAACACUUUUGUAAGGUGACUACGUACUCGGUACGGUAGACAGCCACAGAUCGUCGUCACGACUACAACCCCGAGCUUGUUCUAUUAGGCUUUUAAUACUAUUUUCUACUGCGCCUUUACUAUCAAGCUUUUCUAUUUUAUCUCUUCCUAUAGAAGUGUCCACUUGUACUGUACAUAAUGUUUAUAUUACACCGUUAUGACAAAUGUUCAAUUUAUGUAACGAUAGCUGACUGACUGGAAUACACACUCAAUUUUGUUACGUGUCGUCGAAUCUAUAAGUUUCGUAUGAUACUUUACAUGACCUUCCAUUCAGGUGGCUUCUGAAGGUAAAGAACCUCCUUUAUAUGUAAUGCCAACAAAAGUGAUUGAGGCCCACUGAAUGAACGGUCACAUAUUGUACUUCGAUAAUUAUAAUUGUUGUUAAACACUUAAACUACGAAAUGAGGAGCUUAUCAUUUAGGGAAAAUUUACUAGGCCUUUUGAAAUUAAUGUUUACGUUACAGAUAUUUAAAAUGUUAUGUUUUGUAAAAUUAUAGCGCUGUUGAAAAUACCUCAUGCGACAAUGUACAUAUAAUAAUUCUAAUCAUAUGUAAUUUGAUAGAAUGAAACGCGUUUUAUAGUGACUUAUAAUGUUUAGAAAUGAAGUGACCUUGAUCAUCCCCUAACCUUAGCUGCUUUGGCUCCAUCACAUCAUCAUUUCCUAAUCUUCCUAGUCGAUAAGAGUCGGCCGGAGAGCGCCCCGAGCCACACUCAGUCCCCAAACUUCGUAGUCAGUGGACAUCACUUCACUGUACCACUCAAGACAUUUGAGUAUUAAGCUUGUACAAAAUAGUCUAUAAAUUGAGCUAGAAAAUUUGCCUUUCUGAUAGAUAUUUCAGUAACGCAGUCUCUAAGUUGAAUCAAGAUGUUUGAAGUUGUGAUGUCUAUGUAUGUACAUAGAAGACAAGAUGGAAGGUAGGGGUGUCGCGCGGCGGUCGUCGGCGGCCGCGGCGACACCCAUUGUUGUUGAUUUCCGUAACUGUGACAUAACUAGAUAAUUCAUUGUUGUUGUAUAGAGAUAAUAAACGUUUGCCGAUAUUGUUAAGUGUUAUCGGAUACCUGCAUAGACGCAUAUCGUACAUUCCAUGUUUGUGAAGACUGCCAAUUUGGUCUAAAUUUUACAAUCAUUGUACUAAUUAAAUACCUACGAUACGUCGAUGAGAUUAAUUUCAAUUGCCGUUAUGGUCUUAAGGAUGCUGUGAUUCUUCUAUUGCAUAAUUGUAACGAUAAUGGAUUAAAUUAUAUUAAAUAAAUAAAUUAUAAUGUCUCCAUCUGACAUUGCGUAGGGCCUAGUGAAAUCGAAUUCGUUGUAAUUAUUAAAAACAAUUAUCAUAAGGUUAAUGUUAAUUUAGAUAUUUUGAGAAAUUCUUCCAUUAUAAAAUAAACAAUAUUGCUUUGUUCUCCAAUUAUGAAACUAAACAUAGACAAUAUAAUACGGGCUACGUGUACAUCACACACAUAUGAGAUUUUAUAGUUAGAUAAAAUACGAGAGAGUUCGGAAACCGGGUGCUUUAAAUUUUACAUCAUGUUGUACGUAUUGAUUUCAUUAGCGAAUGUUCUCUAGUUGUAGUCGCGAGGCGCUGCGCCGGCGCACCACGGCCGCGGCCCGCGCCUCGCGCUAAGUAAGAAUACUUUCCAUUUCUCAUAAGUUAAAUUAUGGAAUAUUCAGCGGAUAACACCAAUUAAAUUCAUAUUAUAGUAUUUAUAAAAAGAAACGACAUACUUACCGGGUUGUUAGUAAAUUCUAGCACAAUGAUGGAUGUAAUCGUUUGCACGCCGCUUCACUCGUGACUUCCUUCCGACGCGUCUAGUCCUUAGUCUUCCAGUACAGCGAAAGCUUCCGUACCUCGUCUUAUUCUUGAUGCAGGAAAGUAGGAACUAUGUGAUGACUAUGUCAAUUAUUUCACUUUUCCAACUCUGAUCAGCUACGUAAUUGUUAAUUUCUUUUGUCUAACGUCCUUCGAUAAAAUCUCUAAAUAAAUUUAGAUUUUCGUCCUAGUUUAUCCAGAUUCAAUGGAUGUGGUAUAAAUGUGAAUCAGUAAUGCUGUGUUCUUAGGAUCCCUGCAUUGAACGCUACACUGCACUCAACCUACACAGUGAAUAUUAUUGUUAGAUAGGUUUGUAUGUGAUUAUCAUUUGGGCCACAACAGAUGAAACUGAGCAAUAUAAACGGUACAUAAAAUGAUUAGAAACAUUUGUCAAUUUAGCUAAGCAAUAUAAAAGAGUACAUAAUGUUAGGGUGUCAGAGGUGUGGGUAGAGUGCAGUUGGGAUGCAGCGUAGUGUCCGCCUUGUAUCUUUAGAGUGCCGCGGAAUGCUCCCUUAGCGGUUAGAUUGAAGACGAACGAUAUUCAAUACAACACUUCAAAACAACAAUGAAGAGUAACGUAGCAUAGAGAACAGUAAACGUAACCUAACGUAAAAAAGGGAACUUUAAUCUUAAUUCCUCUAAAUACAAGUUAAAAAAUGACAUGUAAAGUGAAGCCUGCCUAAAAGCUGUCUGAAAACAUGUAAUUAUGUGAACAGUUGUAUGUAUUAAUUAAUUAUGCCGUGGUAAUCACUAUCAAAAGCAUUUAGAGAAUAAUGAGGAGCAGAAAUCAACAGGUAAAAAUAUAAUAGAUAAUCCAUUUACAAUGAGAAUUUGAAGUGCUGUAUUCAGUACCGCGCCGUUCGAUGGCCCUAGAAAAUCAUCUAAAAAUCUACGUUAUUGUUAAUCAGUGUUAUAAAUCUUAUCGUCUCGUUUAAGAGUUACAGUGUUGUAUAGAUUGGUACGUUUAAUUUGUAAAAAUUCUGAGAUUAUUCUGUUAUUAUUGUAAAGUUUCUUUGAAUAAAUAAAAUUUUGAAAUUUACAUAAUCGUUCA